ACACCACCAAUUCCACAGGGCCUCAUAAACCCUCUUCUAAAUUUCUUUCCAAUUUCUUCGUCUCCGUUCCGCACACUCUCUCUCUUCUCUGUUUAGGUCAAUCCGUGUGCUCAGAUUUGCCUUCUUCACUCAAUAAUGGGUCGUGUAAGCAACAAUCUGAUCGGGAUCCUCAAUUUCCUAACCCUCCUCCUCUCUAUCCCUAUUCUCAUUGCUGGCAUCUGGCUCAGCCGCCAAGCCAACACCGACUGCGAGCGAUGGCUAGAGAAGCCGGUCAUUGCGCUCGGCGUCUUCCUCCUCCUGGUCUCUAUUGCUGGCUUCAUCGGUGCCUGCUGUCGCGUGUCCUGGCUCCUCUGGCUCUACCUAGUCGUCAUGUUCUGCCUCAUCGUUCUGGUCUUCGCCUUCACUAUUUUCGCCUUUGUUGUCACCAACAAAGGCGCAGGUCAAGCCUUGUCCAAUAGAGGCUAUAAGGAGUAUAGGCUCGGCGAUUACUCUAACUGGUUGCAGAAGCGUGUGAACAACACCAAAACCUGGAGCAAAAUUCAGAGCUGUCUUCAAUCUGGCAAACUCUGCUCCAAAUUUAAAGACCAAUUUCUCCAAGACAAUGUCCAGAAGUUCUAUACCGAGAACUUAUCGGCGCUUCAGUCUGGGUGCUGUAAGCCAGCGGACGAAUGUAACUUCACGUACGUGAACCCGACUGAAUGGACCAACACAGCAAAUUCAACCUCUGCCAAUCCUGACUGUGCUCUUUGGAAGAAUGACCCAACUGUUCUGUGCUUCAAUUGCCAAUCUUGCAAAGCUGGGUUUCUUCAAAACAUGAAGACUGAUUGGAAGAAAGUGGCUAUUGUGAACAUCGUCUUUCUCAUAUUUCUCAUCAUUGUCUACUCCAUCGGAUGCUGCGCUUUCAGGAAUAACAGGCAAGAUAAUUGGAAGUGAUACUAGAGGCUGUUACUAUUAGAAUGCAGAUGAUAUGCUAGCUUUAGUUCAUUCGGUUUGUUGCUUGCUGGAUUUUUUAGUGUUUGACAUAUCAGAUAUCUUAUGCCCGGUGUAAAUUCAUCCAUACUGCUGUUUUUGCAUAUUAUUUUGUUAAUUAUUUGUGAUGUUUAUAUGUAUUUCAUUCUCGUGCUGUAAUCUUUUUUUUUUUUUUAAUAAAAAGGAGGACGAUGACGACUUAUAUUCAA